AUGUUCAAAAAUAUCAGAAGAAUCUCACACUUUGGAAUAUUUACAGAAAAUAAUAAGAUAAAACAAAUAAAUACUAACUUUCGAUAUUUAAAUGAUACAGUUUUUAAAGAUAAUGGAUAUCCUGUAAAUAGAAUUAUAUAUCCUAAAAAAUUUUAUGUAGAAUGUAUAAAUAGUAAUAAUAAUGAUAUUUAUACUACCCAUUUUGUAAAUGUGGAACUAAAAAAUAGAAACAAUAAUAUAUUUAAAAAUGUUAUUAUCAAUAAAUAUAUAUCAUCAUAUAAUAAAAAUAACUAUUUAAAAUGUUUAGAAAAUUUUCAUUCUAUUUCGAGAAAGCAUAAUCAUAAUGAUGGGGACUUAGGCUCAAAUGAAAAAUGGACAAGCGAAAAAGACGAAACAAAAAAAAAAAAAAAAAAUGAACAAACAAGCUAUGUUGAUAAAAAUUAUAUCAAUAAUCAUAAUAACACACUAAAUAAUAAUAACAACCAAAUAUCAAGAAUAAACAAAACUCAUAAUAAAAAUAAUAUUUGGGGGAGAGGGAAAAGUUAUUUGAAAAAUGUUCAUUCUAUAUUAAUUACAAAAAAAAUAAAAGAAAUGUUAAUUAAUUUCAAAAGUAAGCAUAGCUAUAAAAUAAUUGUAAAAAGAAUAGAAAUGGAAAAAAAACUUUUUAUAAAUAUUUUAAAAAAAUAUAAAAUGAAAUCAGAUAGUUUAAAGCAUAAUUCAAGUGAGGAAAUAUAUAGAAAAGCAAUAAUGAAUACAAAAAAAAAAAUAUCUAUAUUUCUAAGAAGAAAUAGUAAUAAAUCUUUUAUGGACAUAUAUUAUGAAGAAAAAAAAAAAUAUAAAUUAAGAAAAGAAAAAUUAUUACAAUCACAAGAAAAGCUUAUUAAUAAAUCAAAAAUAGCUCAUUCAAAUAUUAAAAACUUUUUUAAAAAAUAUGGUUAUGUUGGUUUGGGAACAUAUUUUUGUGUUUUCCUAAUAACAUUUUGUGCCUCUUAUUUUUUUGUGCAUUUUAAAUACAUAUCAUUAUCAGAUUUAAAAUACUUAUCAGAAAAAAUGCAUUUGAAUAAAUACAUUGAUGACAAUUUACAUAAAAAAAUUGACUCUUUGUGGGGAGAGCUUAUAUUUGCAUAUAUAGCAUCAAAAAUCACUGAGCCUCUUAGAAUAGUUAUAACAGUUAUAAUAACACCAUAUAUAGCCAAAGUUAUCAGGAUAAAAAGGGGAAGUAGAAUAAAACAUGGCUAA